CAGGAGAGCUCCAGAACCACUAAGAUUGCCGAGGCGGAGACAGUGGAGGCAGGGUAUGCAUCGUCCUCUCGCCCAAUGGUGCCUUCACUUGCGUCACCAAGCGAUGGGAGUCAUCGCAUUUGGCGGAAACCGCAUCAAAAAUGUUGCGAUCAGACCGACGAGACGAAGGAAUGGUACCUUCACAAGCGACAUGUUCUGGUAUUCACCUACAGUGGAAAGCCAGUAUAUUCGCGUUAUGGCGAAGAGGAUGGGCUCAGUGGCACCACCGGUGCAUUGUCAGCCAUCGUGUCAAAGAUGGCACGGUUCUUCUUUUGCAAUGGCACAUCGACGGACUGCUUGAGGUACAUGUUGGCAGGCGAGCAUGUAUUUGCAUUCUUGGAGAAAGGGCCACUGUGGUUGGUCUGCAUCUCUAGCACUGGCGACCUCUAUGCGGAUAUGGUGGCACUUUUAGAGCGAGUGCACAUGCAAAUCAUCACGAUCCUUACUGCCGGGAUUGAAAAAACCUUGGUGAGUCGACCAAACUAUGACAUGAGAGGCUUGCUUGGAGGCACUGAACGAGUCGUCAACAACAUGAUCAGAUGGUGCGUGCAGGACAUGUUCCUACAGUGUGAAGGCUUUGAGUCACUUCCUCUGCCUCCAACUGUUCGAGCAGUGGCUGUAGAGGCUCUGAAGGGUGCCCGCCUGCCAAACGUGCUUUUUGCAUUUUUGAUGGCUGGGCAUCGAAUUCUGGCAGCUGUGUCCAACAGGCAAUACCGCCUCAACUCCCUGGACUUGGGUAUGGUGGUAAAUAUCAUCAUGUCCUCUGCAUCGCUGCGGACUGGUGAGUCGUGGACUCCUGUUUGCUUGAGCCAAUACAACGACAAGGGCUUUGCUUACGCCUACAUUUCCUGCAUUGAAGGAUCCGAAGUUAUUGUCGUUUUCCUUUCAACAGCCUCUGAUGGAAAGCAGUUCUAUGCGAUUUCGCAGCAAGCUGCUCUUGUGAAGGAAACAUUGCGGCAGCCUUCUUGCAUGGAGCAUAUCGAGGAAGCCAUCGCUACUAGUCCAAUCGACUUGGUGGCCUGUCAAGGGGCCGCUUCGCCGUCGGAUGCGAGUCCAGGUGUGCGAAGCAGUGUGCCUGGUGCACCCCGACGAUUGAAUUUGGCUCCAAUAGCAGGGCAGUGGCAGCUGCUUGACGGAAUCAUUCACGCAGCGUACUAUCUCCCAGGCCUUCAGCAAUACUUCUCAUCGCAGAUAGCGGAGCCAUAUCAAUCCCGGCAUCGAGUCAAGAUGCUUUUUCGAAAUUAUGGCCGUUGCCGGCAGUUGCUGCGCAAUGCCAAAGUGCCGUGUCAGGUUUGUGUAGCCACAAACCACGAGUGUUUCUACGUAUCCAUGGCCGCUGACUAUCAGCUUUUCCUGUCUGUCCCUCGUGGAAUCUCAACGAGCGUCAUCUCUCAGUUCUAUCAUUGGGUACGAACCCAGGAGUCUUACAUUUUCCUGGGGCCAAUUCCGACCUGGUAAGCCUUGUAAGCUUGAGACCAGACAUGACUUGCUGCAUCAGCAGCAUGGAAUCCAGGAUACGAUAGUACAAUGAGUGUUUUCAGCAGCCACAUCUCAAGGAUCGAAAA